GCCUCCUGUUAUGGAGGGGACUGAGGCAGGGGCCUGGGGCCUUGCCCCUCUGUGCCAUAAUGUUGGGGGAACUAAUUUUUCUUCUGAGGAGUUUCCACGGGUUCCUGGCUUCUUCUGGCACCAUAGGGGCCAUCUUGGCUUGGUUGUUAAGCUUUAAGCCCGUCUUGUUUGCCUUCCUCCUCCUCCUGCUGCUGCUCAGCAACUGGCUGGUCAAACAGGAGACCAGCUGGGCUCUCUCCCCACCCCAGGAGGAGGCAGAAACAACCAUGGCUCCAGAGGUCCAUCCCAACAAGGAAGCGCUGGAGAAAAUGAAUGCUUGCUUGGCCCUCCAGAAUAAGGUCCUUGAACGGCUGUUGCUCAGUGAGAUGAAGCUGAAGGCCUUGGAAAACCAGAUGUUCAUCAUAUGGAAUAAGUUAAAUCGACGCCGGUGGAACAGCGGACAGCGGAACUUCUCCAGGAGGCGGCGCCGGUCAAGAAGGAACGACUCGGCGUUUUCCACCGUAUCUAAAUGUACUACCAUUACCCCCACCGAAUGUAACUGAGAUGGGCUAGCCUCUGCUGAUGCGAUCUUGA